ACACCGCCCCAGUCUCCCAUUUUUGGCUUUUACCCUUUCAUACACACAAUCACCGACUCUCUGUAGUAGCUCCCAUGGCGGAUUUACUCAUACAUUCAAGAUCCUGCAUUUAAACAGCCUCUCUCACUGAAAUUUUAUUCGAAUUCGUCAGUUUGAUUUAGAACACAAAAUUGAAAAUCCGUAGAUCGUUGUCUUUGAUUGAUGUUAGCAAGUCUUGCCUCAAUUCAAUUAGGCAAGUGCGUUUGUUUUCAACCAUUGUGCCGCAUCACAGUCCUUCCUAAUGCAGCUUUAGAUAUACAGAAUGAUUGGACCAGAUGAGAGGGGUGAUUGCACCGGUAGAAGUUCAAGGUAACUGAACACAAUUUGUUUAAUCUAUCUUCUCAUGUUUUGUGCAUGGCUGGAUCAAAGAGCAUUUAGGACCAUUGAUCAAAAUAUUGUUAGGUUACCAACUUACCCUUCUUUAGUCAACAAGAGACCCCUAUCUCUGUAUUUUCUUAAAAUUUAAGUUCAACUCUAUCAUCUUUUAUUUUCUUCUUUAUUAUUAUUUUUCCCUACUUUUUAAUCCUCAAAUCUGAUUUCAAUUAACUGAAUUCUAUACUUUCUCAUUGCAAUAUGCAAGAAGGUAUUGAAGGAAAUCCUGUAGCUGGUCCGUGAAAAAUGUUUUUAUGGUUCUUUCCGUUUUUCCAGUUUCAAUUACCAGUACUUUCCCAGAGGCAAUGUUAUUCAGUUAUUGCUUGCUAUCUUUCCCAAAUAGCUGUUAGAGGUCAUAAGCAAUUGUAGCACCCAGCUCUUUUCCAACAUAGUUGUUUAAAUUUGUUAAAAUAUAAACUGUUUCUUUCAAUAAUCAAGCACUUACUUCAUCUUCUCUCUCCGAGAAUACAUUAAAUAAAAGAGAGAUUAGUAAAAAUAGGCCUUUAAAAAAUAAGAUUAAUUUGUAGAGAGAUGAACUGCUGGUACAGGGGAGAGAGUAAUAAUAAGGGUAGCGUCAUAUGUUGAUUGAGAUUGUACUUUUGGAUCAUAUUUGGGUUCCUUUUUCUUUUCUAUUUGAUGUGUUUAAAGGGCAAGAAAUUUUUAAGAGCAAAUCAAAUUUUGCAGUAUGAAUUUGCUAUUAACAAAGAAAUGCCUUGCAAAUUUGAGUUUUGAAUCUUUGGUUUCCCAUUGUACGAGGAAAAAGUCGUUAUAUAGUGUUUUUAGAUUUAACUCAUAAGAAGGGAAUUGGGAUUCUAAAGAAAUUUGUAAUUGAUUUUUGAAUUUUGGUCUUGUACUCCUAUUUUGUUGAUGGAUUUUAAGUAGUGAUAAUAAAAACUCUUGAUUUUCAAUUAUAAGUUUCUGGUAGUAUUUGCUUACUCCAUCUCUCUUAGCUUGAAGGUGACACUCUUGAUUCCUUUCUAUGUUGAUUUAGUAUAUGGAAUUUAAUUUUGUGGGCUGUAUGAUUGAUAAAAGUUAGAAUUUUUUCUGCUAUUUGUUUCAAAUCAGUGUUCAUUGCCUUUUUCCCCAUUUUUUUCUUUCCAAAGCUUGACAAUUCUCUGUGUAAUUAUAAUCAUUUAUGAUGGGUGUUUGAAAUUUUUGGUUCAUUUUAACAUUGGUGUCGUGGUGGACAUUUGAUUUAAGCUUGCAUUGGUCUAUGCUCCCUUUAUUAUGUUAAAUGUAGCUCCAUUGAUAGAUUUUAUAUAAAUUAUAUCAAAUUUU